CGACUUCCCAACUACAACAAGGCAAAAAAAUCCCCCUCAUCCACCACAGCCCUUUGUUCCGCGUCUAGCCCUUCUAGGCUCACUCGAUUUACAAAAUGGCCGACCCCCGUGUUGAAGAGCUCCCCGACGAGGAGGUUCCCAAGACCAACGUUGAGGAUGCCGGCAGCUCCUCCGAGUCUGAGGCUGGCGAUGAGCCCACCAUCCCCGGUGGUGCCGCUGUCACCAUCCACUCUCGCAACGAGAAGAAGGCUCGCAAGGCCAUUGGCAAGCUCGGCCUGAAGCACGUUCCCGGCAUCACUCGUGUCACUCUCCGUCGUCCCAAGAACAUCCUUUUCGUCAUCAACCAGCCCGAUGUCUACCGCUCCCCCUCCAGCAACACCUGGAUCAUCUUCGGUGAGGCCAAGAUCGAGGACCUGAACGCCACCGCCCAGGCUACCGCUGCCCAGCAGCUUGCUGAGGCUGCUGCCAACGAGCACGCUGGUCACGACCACGAGCACGACCACGGCAAGGGCAAGGCCCCCGAGGCUGAGGCCAAGAAGGAGGAGGAAGAGGAUGAUGGCGAGGAGGUCGAUGAGUCUGGUCUUGAGGCUAAGGACAUCGAACUGGUUAUGGCCCAGGCUAAUGUGUCCCGCAAGAAGGCCGUCAAGGCUCUCCGGGAGAACGACAACGAUAUCGUCAACUCCAUCAUGGCUCUCAGCAUAUGAACACCGCCGGAAUGAACGCAUGAAUCGGUGGCUGGCGUCUCUUGGCCCUGCUGGCAGGAUGGAUUUUGGGUGCGAGGUCAGAUUGAUAUCCCCUAGGAUGCAUGUACUGUCAGGCCCCAUAGUGUAAAUCAUUUAGCCAAAAGCAGAAUUGAAUGAUGUGAAGCACU